GCACUAAUGGCCUAAGAUCCCCGAAAGAAGCUAAAUAAGUUUUCUUACUAAGAAGCCUCAGUGCCAACUGCCUGUCUUUGGUAAAGAAGAGCUUUUCCUCACUCACUGGGCAUGAGUACAGCUCUCCCUGAAAAGGAUGGCUGCUCUUUUUCUAAAGAGGCUAAUGCUACAGACCCUAAAAACUGAAAGUAAUUGCAUCGCAAGGUGUUUUGUUCAACAAGUCGUACGGAAGACGCCACCAGCUCAGCUGUUCCCUAUAGCUUCUGCCCCAAGACUGUCCUGCCUAAUUCAUGCAAAAGCUUCUAGUACUGUCACAGACACCCAGGACGAAAGGAAAAAGAAAAAAAGGAAUGACACCGUUUUUAGUAACACCGGAAGAAAAAUUAGUGAGCGGAUUAUUCACGUCGUCGACGAGAACGGCAAUGAUCUAGGACACAUGCACCGAGCAGAUGUGAUUCGACUCCUGGACGAGCGCCACCUACGGCUGGUCCUGAGGAAUGCCCGCGUGGAACCCCCGGAGUACCAGCUCAUGACGGGGAUCCAGAUCCACCAGGAGCGCCUGAGGCAGAGGGAGAUAGAGAAGGCCAGACCCAAAGCCAGACCAACCCUGACAAAGGAAGUGAUUUUUUCUUCAAAUAUUGGACAACAUGAUUUGAACACAAAGAGUAAGCAGAUUCAGCAGUGGAUUGAAAAAAAACACCACGUUCAAAUUACUAUAAAGAAAGGGAAAAAUGCAGAUGAGCCAGAAAAUAAAAUGGAGGAAAUAGUUCAUCAAAUACUCCAGACUAUGCCUGGGAUAGCCACCUUCGCAUCCAGGCCCCAAGCUAUUAAAGGAGGAAAAGCUGUAAUGUGUGUCCUCCGUCCCUUGAGCAAAAAGGAAGAGACUGCGUACAGAGAAGCUCUGGAGACCCAGCAGAGAGACACUUUGCACAAGGACAGUGGAAGUGACAGAGAAUCAGAUGCCUGGCAUCAGUGAUGUUAAUAAAGUAUGCUUCUGAGAAAGGAA